UGGAGUGAUUGAAUAACUGUGUGUGUCUGCAUUGACUCAGAGGAGGUGACUGACUUUUUUGGGGUGGAUUUUCUCUGUUUCACCAGAGACUCAGACCCAAUCGGAGCAGCACUUUGCUCUGAUAAACCUCCUCAUCCUGUGCCAGCCAGCAGUCUGGCACACUGACCCAGAGGAUGUUGAGCCUGCUGUUCCUGCUGCUGUGGACAUGGACCAGCUCAGCCCUGAUCAGGGUCCCUCUGAGUCGGGUGCCCUCGAUUCGUACCCAGCUACGGGCGGAGGGUUUGCUUCAGGCCUUCCUGAAGGACCACAGUCCGGACAUCUUUAACCGCCGUUUUGCCCAGUGCUUCCCGCCCGGGACCCAGUCACUGAAACUGGGGCGGUCCAGUGAGAAAAUCUACAAUUUUAUGGACGCUCAGUACUUUGGUGAAAUCAGUUUGGGGACUCCAGCGCAGAACUUCUCUGUGAUUUUUGACACCGGCUCCUCGGAUCUGUGGGUGCCUUCGUCCUACUGCGUCAGCCAGGCCUGCGGUACGGCACACAGUAAACACGCGUUGCACAGGCGUUUUAAGGCUUUUGAGUCAAAGACCUUCCACCAUGAUGGGCGAACAUUUGGAAUCCACUACGGAUCAGGACACCUGCUGGGAGUCAUGGGCCGGGACACACUCAAGAUUGGGGACCUGACUGCCCUGAACCAGGAGUUUGGGGAGUCUGUGUAUGAACCCGGGGCUACCUUUGUAACGGCUAAGUUCGAUGGCGUCCUGGGACUGGGCUAUGCGUCCCUCGCAGAGAUCCUUGGAAACCCGGUUUUUGACAACAUGCUGGCUCAGAAGAUAGUGGAGGAGCCCAUCUUCUCUUUCUACCUCACUAGGAAAACGAGUACCAGCAACCCAGACGGAGAGCUGUUGCUGGGUGGAAAAGAUGAGGCUCUGUUCUCUGGACCAAUCAACUGGCUCCCUGUCACUGCCAAAGGCUACUGGCAGAUUAAAAUGGACAGCGUGGCUGUGCAGGGCGUUAGCUCCUUCUGUCCACGCGGGUGCCAGGCCAUCGUGGAUACCGGGACCUCCCUUAUUGCUGGACCCACUAAUGACAUUCUCAGUCUGCAGCAGCUGAUUGGAGCCACACCCACAAGCAUUGGAGAGUUCCUCAUCGACUGUGCCAGGUUGUCCAGUCUGCCUCAUGUGACUUUUAUUCUGGGAGGAACAGAGUACACGCUGACUUCUGAGCAGUAUGUUAGAAAGGAGACUUUUGGCAACAAGGAGCUGUGUUUCAGUGGUUUCCAGGCGGCCGACAUCGUUUCCCCUGAAGGUCCUCUGUGGAUCCUGGGAGACGUGUUCCUCACUGAGUACUACAGCAUCUUCGACAAAGGGCAGGACAGAGUGGGCUUUGCCCGUGCCAAACAUGCCAUCGAAUAAUAAGCCUCCACUCUUUUAGCUGGCAAAUGUUUGAUUUUAGAAGUACUCUUCCAUUAAAAUCCAUUCUGUAAAGCCGACCAAGGCAACAGUCCAAAGCUAUCCAAGACUCAGAGAUGAGCAAGAAACAGCCAAAAUCAGGACGUUUUCCUUUGUAUGUAACCCAUCUACAAAGACCAAAGUUUUUUUGAAGAAGUAUAGCUGUUGGAGAUUAAGCAGCAUAAACUGAUACCUUUCAUUCCUCUAUUUAGCUUCGGUAGCCAGAUAAGAAAUCCUCCCUUUUCAGACACAAGAUGACAACCAAAAAGACUCAACUGAAGUCAUUUAAAGCCCCAAAACUUUACUCUAAAAAAGUCAAUACAAAUUCCUUUCUUAAAGGCUAACUCAUCAUUUGCCACUUCCUGCAACUCUUAAUGUGCUUUGAGAAUUAAUCCAUUAAAAUGCAUUAAUGGAAAAUGCUUGCAAGCAAAAUUUUUACCAACUGUUUCCUUUUUUUUAACCUGAAAGAAUAAUUUUGCUGGACUUUUCUUCUGUGUAACUGCCUCCUUUUUUGCUCAGUAUUUCUGCAAUGGGAGGAUGCAAAGUGUGCCAUAUAAAGAGAAUGAAUGAGAGUAUUCUUCAGACGUUUGUAACCAUAACCUUAACCCUAUAAUGCCAAAUGUACCAUAUCUGAUCUGGUUUCUGAAGUCUUUUGGAUGUGAGACUUUCUGCAUCAUUCAGUGGUAAAAUCUUUGCUCAAACCCCUGUUGUACACAUUCAGAUAUACCUGAUAACAGCCAGUAGAAGACUACACCAACAUACAUUUUUUACUUAUUGCACGCUAAUUUGAUCAAAACAAUUUCAGUUUUUUUUCUUCAUAUGUUGUUGAGGGGCCAAAGAAAGACUUCACACUUAAAAAAAUCCAAUAUUCCUCCUAUUUUUCUUGGAUCAGGCUUUAAAGGGUUAACCACAA